AUGACUACAAGAGAGAGUACGAGAAGUACCGAUGAAGGUCCAUUACCUGAAAGAGCUUUCUAUGGAUUAGCUGAUCAUCCAAAUCAUGGAAUAUUUUCAUCGAUUUUGAAACGAAAAAGGAAAUUCGCAAUGACCGAUGAAGCGAAGAAGAUGUGUCAGCAAGUAGAGGCUUACAAAUCAUGUGCAGAUCGUUUACAUCUUUCAUUGAUGUUUAUGCUUGUUGAAAAUCCUGUCACCUCAAAACAGUUGCAUGAACGUGUGGCCAUUGAUUUGAGUUGUAGCACUGCUGGAUCAUAUCUGAGAUUCUAUGAAGCUAUAAAUAGGAAGGGAAGAAAAUUGGGAACGAAAUCGAAUUCAAAAGAGAUUGAGAGUGUGGAACCAGCAGCAAAAACGCUAUUGGCAAUGAAUGUGGAGCAAGAGAAACGAUGCAGAAAGCAAUUGGAAAACUUGAAAGCGUUGUCGAAAUUUAUUGGAGAAGAUUACUGGGAGUAUGCAAGACUUAGAAAAGUGUACUGGGAAGCUAUGGAACAAUACGACGAAGCCGUCACUAAUCAGAAUAAGGAACGGUCAGAGCAAGCAGAACAGGCGACAGCGAGUGCUCAAACAAAGAGGAAUGAUUGUCGAAUGAAGAUGAUGGAUUUCAUUGUGAAAUCAAUUAAUGAUCAGAGGGGAAAACAUGCAGAGGCCGUUCUAAAAUUUCGAGACGAAGCCAUCCUGUAUCAUAAAGCUAUGUCUGACCUGAUUCCCGAUCUGAAAGUUGAAGCGGAUGCGAAACCUGAGAGCAAGAGUUCCAUCAAACCCCCAAAAUGA